AUUCAAAUAAAAAUCAGGUGAUAGUCUUUUUGACAAAUAAUAAAUUUUGAAAAAAUAAUUUAAAUCUUUGCAGUUCACUGUUGACUGUCCUUAUGUUUUAUGUGAGGGUUCUCUGCGAGGUGCAAGAAACAAAUGUUAAUGCUACUUUUAUUCAAAAUGAUUUCUGGAAUUGCAGUGUAAGUGACAAACCUUACAGCUCAACCACAUGUGGACAGUAUGAAUACCUGAAAAACAUAAUACAAGAUAGCAUUUUCAUCAUUAUCAUUGUCACCGGAGUAAUUUUUAUUCUAUGCUUCAUAUGUGUAGCUAAUAUGAUCCGCACGAAGUAUCGCAGAACUCACGAAGAAAUAUUUUUGCACAACGUUGGACCACAAAAUGUUGAAGUUGCUACUAUAACUAGAAUUAAUUAAAUUUUAAUGUUCAAAAAAUAAAGAAGAAUAAUUCAUAAAGAUAAUUAUGUUAAUUUUGUCUGUUAUGCGAGAACUCAUUUUGCAUUUUUAAGAUUUACAAAAGGACACAAAGGAUUAAUAAUUUGUGGACUAUCAUAAAUAUAUUCAAGUGCUGGGACACGUGAACAUUUGUAAAUGUUUUCUAUUUGAAAGGAUGACAAGUUGAAGAUAACGUUUGGAAAGUCUUAAUUACGACUGCGCUACUUUGAUGUCUAGAACUUUGUAAGUAAAUGAUCAAUUCUAUCGGUAGGUAUCAUUCAAACAGUCAAGUCAACAACCUAAGAAAUGAAUAAAGGUUUGAAUACUUCUCAAAAUUAUUUUCUUUAAUGUUUUGAAAUUUUCUUUUCAUUUUAAGAUAAUCCGAUCAGCGUCACAUUCAAUGAGCAUUACGAGACAAUUAAAAUCAGUGGAAUAGUUGGCAUCAUUGCAUCUUGUAUAGUAUCAGUCAUUAUGGUGAUUAUUUGCUCUGUACUAGUGUAUAAGAUAUUAAAGUCAAAUGCCCGACAUAAAAAUGCACAACUAAUGUUCAAUAUGAGUUUAAGGAACAAUAAAGUUGCAACUAUUGCGUAACUUUUUCGAAGGUCAAGAAGUUUAAGAAUCAAUUUAGAUAUGGAAAUCUGAUAAUAUAUAUUCCAAUUUUGACACUUCAAUUUCGAAAAUGAACAAACGAACUCGUCCUUAUAAUCAAUUAAGUGUUUGGGAAAAAUUGGCUAUAAUUGUUCUGUCUGUAUUAGGAAUUUCAUUUAUUGCUUUCUGUAUAUGUCUAUUCAUUAUUUGGAUUUGUUCAAGAUCAGCUGCUAGAAAUGUUGAUCAACAAAAUGAUGACG